AAGUGCGAUCCCGGUGCAUGAUCCAUCGUUUCGUAAACCCUCGCUCAUUGGCCUAUCUCCUCGACGUUAACCUACUCUUUGUUUAUUAAUAUUGUAUAUUGCAAAUUAUUCAAAAUACAAUCUGUAACCUUUUAGACUGUAAAUUAUUGACAUUAAACAGUUGAUUAUUAAAAGCUAUCAGCUUGUGGGCUGAAAAUUGUUGACAUGAAAAUCGUUCCCCGGUGUGCUUAGUCUGCUAAAAAUGAACAUCAAGCCUAGUUUCUUCCUGUUCUUGUUCUUGAUUGCAAUCUAUAUUAAUGAUCCUCAUCAUCGAAUAUAAUCAAGCGCGAAAGGAAUUUUAUAAUAAGUAAUGCUUGCUGUGCAUCAGAAUAUGUAUUAAAAUUAAAUGGUGUCUCGGUUGAACUAAAGUUUUUUGAAAAAAGAGUUGUAAACGUUGAGGAGCUGGGCUGGGGAGAAAUUGAACAUCAUUAUUGACCUCGGUGAAGAGUAUGGUACUACAGAAACUGGUACCGCAGCGUUGGCAGAAGGCAAGACCGAGGAAAAGAGGACAGUUAGCAAUUUGUAAUGGGCUGUACUGCUUGGUGGGCAAUCCAGGCCCUCGGCUGGCCUCCCACGGUGGCCCUCCCAUCCCAGCCAUGAUCUCGGUCAUGGUCGCGCACUCCAACGACACCAACCAGUUCAACAACAACAACAACAACAACACAACCACAACACUUCUUAUCAACAGCAACGAGGCAUCACCCGAAGAGCUGGCGCUGCUUGCUAAACUCGAGGAGGCCAAUAGGCUGAUAGAAGCCGAUGCCAAGUCGCUCAACUCCAUCUCCAACAACAGUGGCCAUUCCAGGAAGAGCUCGGAUACAUCACAAAUCUCGUUAACUUCUGGUACUAGUUCGAGUCAAGAAAGAGCUGAAGAUGGCGAAGAAGAUGUAUGGACCACUUGGGGCAAAAUCAUCAACGAAUGGGAUAGCUAUUUCAAAAAGAGAAAUAGCUACGUGCGGGAGAUGGUCAGGAAAGGAGUGCCACACCAUUUUCGAGGAAUUGUGUGGCAGCUUCUUUGCGGUGCCCACGAUUCCAAAGAAAUCAAAUUGCAAUUCGCCGACUAUAUCAAAGCAACAUCUGCUUGCGAAAAGGUGAUCAGACGCGACAUCGCGCGGACCUACCCGGAGCACGACCUGUUCAAGGAGAAGGACGGCCUGGGCCAGGAGAGCCUGUUCAACGUGAUGAAGGCGUACUCGCUGCACGACCGCGAGGUCGGCUACUGCCAGGGCUCCGGCUUCAUCGUCGGCCUGCUGCUCAUGCAGAUGCCCGAGGAGGAGGCGUUCGCCGUCCUCGUCAAACUCAUGCAGCACUACAGAAUGCGCGACAUGUUCAAGCCUUCCAUGGCCGAGCUCGGCGUCUACAUGUACCAGCUGGAGAAUCUUGUACAGGAGCAAAUACCAGAACUACACGUGCAUUUCCAAUCACAAAGUUUUCAUACUAGUAUGUACGCGAGUAGUUGGUUUUUGACUUUGUUCACUACGGCGUUAGCAUUAACUACAGCUUGCAGAAUAAUAGACGUUUUUCUAUUAGAGGGAAUGGAGAUAAUUUUCAAGGUAGCUUUAGCCCUUCUCACCAUUGGGAAAGAUGAACUGCUGUGUUUAGAUAUGGAAGGAAUGCUCAAGUUUUUCCAGAAAGAUCUGCCUCCACGAGCGGACUCAGAUCCUGAUGGUUUAAUGACACUCGCCUACAGCAUGAAAUUCAAUGCCAAGAGAAUGAAGAAACUAGAAAAGGAGUACACUGCAAUGAAGAUAAAAGAGCAAGAAGAAAUGGGAGAAUUAAGAAGACUGAGAGCGGAGAAUAAGAUGCUGCGUCAGCGUGUGGAGCUGCUGGAGGCAGAGUCGAGUGAGCUGGCCGACAGACUGGUGAGGGGGCAGGUGUCGCGGGCCGAGGAGGAGGAGACCACUUUUGUGGUGAAGCGGGAGCUGACUGCGCUGCGUCAUUCGCACCUCGAGACCACGCACAGUCUCGAGCUCGCCAAGGAGCAGAUUCAGAAUUUGUCGCUCAUCAUCGAGCAGAAUCACCAUUCAUCACAGUCGUCGCUAGAUGAAAUAUCGGCGAAGAAGGAGCUGCUGCAGCAGAAGGAGGACAUGUUGCGCUGCUUGCAAGACGAGCUGGUCAAGGUGCGACUGAGAGAGGCUGAGAAUGACGCCCUCAUCCGAGAACUCAGGGCUAGGAUACAGGACCUGGAGGAGGAUAAGAAAACUCUGAGAGAAUCGACUGUGGAUAAUUCAGUGGCUCACCUCCAGGAGGAGCUGAUCGCGGUCAAGCUCAGAGAGGCUGAAGCAAAUUUGUCGUUGAAAGAUUUGCGUCAGCGUUUGUCCGAGCUUAGCGCGCAGUGGCAGAGGCAUCUCCAGGUAGAGCAUAGAUCUGAGCCUCCUCCAGCUCCUGACUCCACGCCAAAGAAAAUCGUUGGAAAUCUAUUGUCAUGGGAGAGUAGGAAUAGUGAGAUGCAGCGAGUCGAGGAAGACCUGAUGACUACUAGGCUCAGGGAAAUGGAGGCACUCACUGAAUUGAAAGAGCUCAGACUCAAGGUGAUGGAAUUGGAGACACAAGUGAACGUGAGUGGAAAUCAGUUGAAGAGGCAAGACGAGGAGAACAAGAACAUAAAGGAGAAGUUGGAGGCAGCUGAAACCCGCGAGAAGGACCUGAACGCCCGGCUACGUGAACAGCAGCACAAGUACACUGAUCUACAAUCAAAGAUAAAGGAUGAUCAGAUGAUGGUCAGAAUACGUGAUGCUGAACAUACCCAGUGUGUCGCCGAGCUCACUCAGAAGAUAUCGAUUCUAGAGCUGAAGAAUCAAGAAAUGGUAGCUGAAGGAGAACUGCGAAGUAAUAUAGAUGACAGUGAUAAGGUUCGCGAACUUCAGGACAAAAUGGCUGACAUGAAAGCUGAGAUCAUGAGACUAGAGUCAUGGAAACAGAGAUUCGGAGAUGGGAAGAAGAACUCGGCCAGUGAACAGAGGUCGGGCUCCGUCGACACGGAAAGUGAACAUGAUGAACCCAACUGCGACUUUCAUCUCAGACUGAACAGUGACGCAUCCAGUCCUGAAGUAUAAUUGCGCCCCAAUUAUUGUCCAAAAACUAUCCUCGUUUUUUCUUUUCUUCUAUACCCUUAUUUAACAUUAUUAUUCAUAAUUCAACUACUGUAUUUUUAAAGUUCAGUUUGUCAUAGAUUUAUUGUCUAUUGUCCCCAUAUUUACAAAAAUAACAGAAAUGAAACAAGUCGAAUUAUUAUCCACGACUACAUUGUUAUUGAUCUAUACUGAUGGCAAGGAUAUUAUGAAUUUAACUGUAUACUGUAAAGAAUUUGAAAAAUCCAAAUUUGUAUUUGAGUUUUCUUCAGUACCUUAUCUAUUGAUUUUUAAGAAAUGUCAAAUACAAAACUGAAUUCGAAAUAUUAUCCUGCAUGGGACAUUAUUGAAUAGAGAAUUAAUUUUAUUGCAGUAAUUAAGCUACAUCAUAGUACACAACGGUACUGUGUUUCACAUAGAUCCAACUAAUAAAAAUUUGAAAUUGGAAUGAAGAUUGAGAUGAUGUUAUACAAAUCAUUAUUCAUUUGGAUUGUGAGAGUUUCCCCAUGCAUUCCAAGAAAAUAGUUCAACAGACUGAUUAGUAUCCUUAGUGACAAUUCUUUCACUCUGUUACUUGUGUAAACGGUUGAUUGACGAAUUGAUGUUGUGAUCUUAGAUUUUAUGUCAGCGUCUCUAGAUUCUCCGAGACUAUUGAAACUAUAAUUAUGGUUUUUAAAAGACUUGGAAGGUUUCACUGCACUAGAAUUGAAUUUUAAAUUGAAUAUCGAUCGAUUAAUUGUACCUACUAGUUGAACAGUUUAAUAAUCAGCCUUUCAACUACAUCUAUUUGUGUAGAAGUUGACGUAUACAUUCUAAUUUGCAUAACAUAGAUUCUUUAAAAGAACUUUAACAAUACAUAUUCUAUUUAUCAAAAUACAGUUUCACCACUUCAUAUUUCACUUAUCUGAUUUGAAUCUCAUUUCAACCUCUUUAAUUCUAGUUCACACAUUUCGAACCUCCUUGCAAGUCUACUUAUCAAACAACUAUUCGGAAUUCCUAUUAUUUAUUUCUUCAUCUAUCAGAAACAAAGUAUUAUAAACUAUAAUUAUUCCAACAUUGAUUUUUUCCCAAAUUUGUUUAUUUUAGGUAAAGUUAUGGCUAUGACAUUAAUUAUAUAUUUCCAGAUACUUCUAUUAUGAGUUGAAUUUGUGAGAAUUUAUUGUUUUAUGAAUUUAUUUAUUUUAAUAAUUUGUCCGUCCAUAUUGAUAUUAAUUUUAGAUAUUCUAUCAAUUCUAAAUGGUAUUUUGUUUGUUGAAUAUUGAAUUUAUAUUUAGAUUACGUUGGUAAUUUUUGUCAUUUCUCAACUUAAAUUGCUUUGAAAUAACUUGCAUUAAUUGUGAUGAACGUAUGUUGAACGUAUGUUGAACGUAUCUUGAUAACAUCAUAUCUUGUCAUUGAGACUAAAGAACUCUGGAAGCAGUUGACUUCACAUAUUGUAAAUAUUUGUAGUUUUUAGCUUGAUAUAUACUAGUAUAAAUCUAAUCUUUGUAAGUCUUAUAGCUAUAUUAAAAUGGAACAGUGUUGUCAUUCCGUUAAUUAUUUAUCUCUUAAAAAUGAUUGUAUCUAUAUUUAUUAUAAUUAAUUGUAACAAUUCUGUAUUGUGAUUGAUUUUAUGUUUUAAUGAUGCGUGUUUUGUGAUAAUAAUGUAUUUUUAAGAUGAAUGUCAGUGAUUUUAAUUUUUAUCGGUGUUGAUUACUCAAAUUUCAUGAACUUUAACUGUUCAAGUUUUUUCAAUUGAAUUUUUCUUUGAAAAUUAGUAAAUCAAAUAGUGAAGAAAGGUUUUGAUCUAUCAUAGAUUAUUUAAUAAUAGCCUUCGUUGAAUUCCAUUUUUCUAAGAAUAGGUUGUAAAAUCCGAAUUGUGGUGUCACUUAUUGCAAUGUUUAAAUUGAAAAUCAGUGAUGUGGAUCUGAAAAAUGUAUGAACAGAGACCUUUUCGACUCAUCCAAUUAAUUGCUCUUGUGAAUUGACAUUGACUACUGUGCAAUUUUUUUAGCUUAAUUCAAUUUUAUUUAUUGUAAUGGAUCGACUGUACAUUAUUGGAUUCUACCGUUAAUACAGUGACUAGUCUCUAUAGUCACUAACCACUAAUGUUUAAUCCUGACACCUAAGUUUUAAGUUUCAUAAAUUUUUUUAAGCUUAAUAUAACUGCAGUGAAACGGUUGUUUAAUGCAUUGCGUAUUGGGACCAUUUGAUUAUUAAUCAGAUCUAUAGUUUUAGGACUCUAUAAAGUUAUAACUUCUGUUUGCUAAUUUCCAAGUUUUGAAACAGAAUAAGUUUAUAUAAUUCAUUCUAAAUAUUUGAUUGUAUCGUUCUUUUAUGCUGGUUCAAAUUUAAUUUAUUAAUAUUUCUGAUAAUAUUUAUACUAAUCGAAAACUGUUAAUUUACCAUAAUUAUUAUGCGUUCACUUAUGCAUUCACUUAUGCAUUCACUCAUGCAUUUGAAUUAAUUUUUUUUUAAGGCAAAUGUGAAAAUUAAUCAAAUUAUUUAAUUGAAUACCGUACUUUAUAAGAAUAUAGAUAAAGUACUGGUAUCUUCAAUAGUAGGUAUUGAAAAGAGCUGAUCGUUUAAUACGAGCUCAUUAAUCAACCUUCAACAGUAUACAAGUAUAUAAAUUCGUUAGUACUUUUAAACACAACGGUGGGCCUAAAUUGAGUUGUGAUUAAAUUAAUUCAUUUUUUCUACAUGAAUCACAUCGGUCUAACAUCUGCAGCUAAAUUUAAUUUUAAUACUAAAUUUCGGUUGGGAUAUUAAAUUUUUAAAAUUUAUUUGAUAUACAGACGGAAAUUUUAUGCAUUAAUAAAUCUUUUAUUAAUGCACUAGUUUUAUCGCCGUUCAUUAUUGUUGUACAACUCAUUUAAAAUAAACUUCAAAUGACCUAAUAUAAUGUAUAAUUAUCUAUGACGUAUUCUUGAAUCGAUGCACAUUCACAUCCAUAAACAUAAUCAGCGAUGAUAAUAAAUCUGUUGGGUCUGAAACCCUUUUAAACUGUAGAGUAGCUAUAAACACACCUCGUUUUAAUUUAUAAAUUCUACAGCUAAUUUUGGUCUGAUUAGGGUUUAAUAAAAAUGCUGUAUUAGAUGUGAUCGUUUCCAACUAAAUUGUUUUAAUAUCAGUAGAGAUUAUUGUUAAUAUUAUCAUCAACUAUAUUGAAUAUUAUUUAUGAUGUGCGCUCAAUGUCAUGAUUAUAAGAAAACUUUUAUCAGUAUAAUAAGAAAUUCGCAUAAUAUCUAGUGAGGAAAUUCUAUAUCAUAAUACCAUUUUUAGGUAUUUCUAUAAUUAUGAUUUGUAGUGUAGAUGAAUUGUUAAUAAAACUAGCAGGAA